AUGAGCACAUAUCUGUACGAACUACCCACAACUGGUGCUAUAUUCUUUGCAGGCGUAUGCGACGACAAGACCGGGUCAUAUACCACUGAGAUCGCAGAAGCCACAGAGGCUCGCGCGAAUCUGAGAGCCGCGCUCAAGGAGAGCAAACGGGCAGACGAUGGAGGGAAGGACUACCUCAAAUUGGUCAAGGUCCUAGAUGAUUACUUGCCUCAGUUGUAUGGCAUUGCCACUUCCGUUCAGCAAGGCGAGCUGGUACUCAAGACCGAGCCGAUUUUCAGCUGGCGAACGACGCUCUCCUCUUCUAUAUUCCACAAUUCGCCGCGCAUCUCCAUCCCCACGCUUUCCACUGAGGUCAUCUUCACCCUCUUGACCUAUGCCUUCGCCUUCUCCAACCUCUCCCGUACCGUUGUGCACUCGCUCGGAGCCUAUGAGCGAGAGCGCGCGAUAUCAGACGCGGAGCGCAGGGCGAAGGACGAGAAACUGCAGUUUGCUGUCACGCUGCUAUGCAAGGCAUCUGGCGUCUUCGAGUACAUCGCAAAGGACUGCAUUCAGGAAUGGGAGCGCGAACGCGAGCGCGUCGUUGCCGCCGGGCUCACAUGCCCUCGUCCGCCCGACCUGACCAGAGAAGUGGUGGUAGGGCUAAGCAAAAUGGCACUAGCCGACGCGCAGACCCUCGCGAUCCGCAAGCUAUUGUCCAGAGCCGCCUUCGACAGCACGAUCACGCCGGGGCCUCCACUACCGAAGUCGCACCCCUCGCCUCUGCUCAUCGCCAAGCUGCACCUCGAAUGCGCCGCCCUCUAUGCGUCCGCGCGCUCCCUCGCCAAGACGCCAGGCGACUACCGUCCUGCGUCGUCCACCAAGUCCAGGCUCAAACAAGCGUUCACGAAGGACAAGGGUGACUCCGCUGUGCGCGACGAGGGCGGGGAGGAGGUCGCCCUUGAGCUGCGGCGGUACCUCGCCGAGGAGGUCGCCUUCCACUCCGCGCUCAGUCAUAAGUGGUUGGGCGUGGACGCGGGCGAGAACGGGGCGACGUCCAAGGCGGGCGAGGCGGUUGCGUUCCUCGCAUGGGCGAAGAAGGAACUGGAGGACCUGCGGGGUGGACCGCACGUGAUGGGCUCCGACAGGGAGAAGGACAUGCGCGAGCGGAGGAAGGAAAGGGUCGCGGAGGAGCUCGAGAGCGUGAGCGUGUUCUUGAAGGGAUACAAGAAUAUGAAUGACACGGUGGCCUUCCAGCCGGUUCCUCCACAGUCGGACUUACAGGCAUCCAUACCCGCAGGACGGUUGGCUGUGACCGUCAAGCCUUUCACCAAACCAACCCCCGCCUUUGGCCCGGGCUCUGCAGCUUUUAUUAGGCGACAGACCGAGGAGCUGGAGCUGGCUACUCGGGCUGUCGGGGAGGACACUGCUGCUUCUGAGCAGACAGACAUAACAAGCCCUCAAUCGGGCCGAAGCUACGCGGGAGAAGGCUCGUAUUUCUAG